CUGUUCACGAUGUCAAUCAAAAAGGAAGGUGCCCACAAGAAGUGGGCUGCCCUGAAGGAGAAACUCGGACCCCAGGAGACCGACCAGUCGGAGGCCAACCUGGAAAAUGCAGAGCCAGAGCUGUGCAUCCGUCUCCUGCAAAUGCCAUCAGUGGUGAACUACUCCGGGCUGAAGAAGCGGCUGGAGAACAGUGACGAUGCCUGGAUGGUCCAGUUCCUGGAGCUGUGCGGGCUGGACCUCCUCCUGGAGGCCCUGGACAGGCUGUCUGGGCGAGGAGUGGCCAGGAUUUCUGACGCCUUGCUUCAGCUCACCUGCAUUAACUGUGUGCGAGCGGUCAUGAACUCCCACAAAGGCAUCGAAUACAUUGUGAGCAAUGAGGGCUACGUCAGAAAACUCUUCCAAGCACUUGACACAACUAAUGUCAUGGUCAAAAAGCAAGUAUUUGAGCUCCUGGCUGCACUGUGCAUUUACUCAUCAGAUGGCCACGCUUUGGCUUUGGAUGCCCUGGACCAUUACAAGAGUGUGAAGAACCAGCAGUAUCGAUUCAGCGUCAUAAUGAACGAGCUCUCCAACACAGAUAACGUGCCAUACAUGGUGACACUGCUGAGUGCUAUCAAUGCCAUCAUACUGGGGAAAGAAGAGCUAAGAACAAGGACACAAAUCAGAAAUGAGUUCAUAGGGCUUCAGCUGUUGGAUAUUUUAGACAAGCUAAGGUAA